GGGGGACACAUGACUCCGGAGGAAUUUCCCCCUUGUCCCUUUGUGCAACGGAGUCUGUCCAGUGGGAGGCCGGCGGGCGAGAGGCAGAGGAGCUGGGGAGGGGGGAAGAGACAGAGAGAAGAGAGACGGCGGAUCAUCGAGAGAUGUCGGAACCAGCCGCCAAUCCCGCCGCCACCUCGUUCCCCGCGCCGACUCUUUCUCUGCCUUUGGGACUCGAGGUGCUCAGGACCUACUCCGGGGCCCUUGUGUGUUUGGAAAUAUUGUUUGGAGGCUUGGUAUGGAUCCUGGUGGCGUCCUCCAACGUGCCCGUGCCUCUGCUGCAGGGCUGGGUGAUGUUUGUCUCCGUCAUCACCUUCUUCCUUUCCUCCGCGUACAUCACGCUCCUCAUCACCGGCUUGGCUGACCGCAUCAACACUGACUGGAACUUCUUGGAUGUGGUUUACCAUUUCAUAGCCGUGCUUUUCUACUUCGCCGCCUUCGUGCUGGAGGCGGCGACUACGGCGGCGAACGGAGGCGCCCACAUCAAGCCACUGCCUAACAGCACUGAAACUGUCAUGUGUAUUACCUACCCUCGAGGCAACAUAUUCACAGUCCUGGAUGGCAGGCAAUACAGUAUUAAUGUGGCAGCCACGAUAUUUGCAUUUGUGGUGACACUUUGCUACGGCUGCAGUAUGGUGAUGGGCUUCAAGAGAUGGAGGGUGUAACUGGGAACACCGUCCGACAUAAACUAAUUCUUAGAAAUGCUUCAUAACUUCAGCGUGUAUUAAAACGUCACAACACCAUCCAAAGCGCCAAAGAAAGCACCGCUACUCACUAUAGUUCAGUACAAACUUCAUCAUUUCCUGAUUGGAAACUCCUGUCAGCAAGUGGUCACGUCAACAAAGCUACAUUGGGAAAGUGUAGACGAAAUGGUUCCUGCCUCAGCCAAAACAUCUGUCAAGAUGAUAAUAUUCCUGCAGGAAUUCAUCUUCUGAGACAUUUAACGGGUUGGUUUCAAGUACUCUAGGUUGAGUCUAGGCUGGUGAAGUUACAACAGCGUUAAAGAAAAGCUGCUGUUGUCCAGUUAGCAACAUAUGCAUUUAUUCCUCUGCUCCUGACCUGAUGAUUUCACUGCUUUGCAGCUCGACGUUGCCAGGAAAAAUCUAUGCGGGAAUGAAGGGAGCGUUGUGCAUUUUGAGGUUAUGCAGGGUCAUUUUGCAAGAUAUAAGUUAUGCCUCUGACAGUUAUGGUUUUCUUACCCACUUUGUUAAUCAUGUAGAUGUUGCCCCAUUUCCUGAGUCAAAUCCUCACAGGAGGAAAUAUCUCCCAUUGCAAUCACCACAAAAACACGUGUAUGUAUGCUGCAAAAAAGAAAUGCACAACAAGACAUUGUGGAAAGACCCUGGGAGGCAAAGCGAUUUUUUUUUACUGUCCUCCAGUAUCUUUGGUGCUAAGUAGCUGAAAACUCACGUGACUCUUCUGACAAUUGUAUGUGGCCAUUAUUUAAAAUGUGAGU